GCAUGAUAUAACUGGCCUCUCACGUUCCAAUGUUUCUGGGUGACCAUAUUUUACAAACACUUCAACAUUUGUCGGGAAUAGAAUCAAUCAAUCACUUCAGAGCUUUCGAUAGCAUCAGUAUAUUCGCUUAGCCAUCUGGAUAAAGUGGUUUUACCUGUGCAAGUCUUAAGCAUCCUACACCAGUUCGUGUGUAUCAUACACACCCUUCUCUAUAUAUAAGUAAGUAUAUUCCAGUUUCUUCGACCUUUCAAUGGCGAAUACGGUUUACAAUCUUAAGCCGUCGGCUGUAAGACAGGUAGUAUCCAACUUUAAGCAUUCAGUUUGUAUACCGGACCAUAGUAUAACCCCCUUGUGACCCGGGUGUUCCGCUUGUUCGUUUGUUGAAUAAGCACAACUACCCUAUAUUAUAUAUAAAUACAUUCUACCAAUUCACUACUCUUUUCGUGCGCACAAUAUACAGCUCCCGAUAUACAACAUAAAUUGUAGCGGUGUAGGCAUAUUCACACAUACUUUCUCCUGCACAAGUUAGACAUUUCGAGAUUCGAAAUCAGACUAUAGCUGAAGAUAUAUCAGAGCACAAUACAUUAAUUAUUUGAAUGUUUGCAUACCGCAAGCAAAGGCAGAGUUCUCACAUUCCAAAUGUACGGAAGUAGUAUACCUUUAGCGUUGUACAAGGCAGUAGUACCUCGCACAUACAUACCGCUGUCUAGCAUAAGAGUCAAAGGUCUUCACACACAUUUAGGCCCUUAUAUUGGUCCUAACACGUACGUGCCAGGACGCGUGCAGGGGUUAAAGGAUCAAAUCACAUCGCCACCUCUGUGUCACACCCGGGCCAACCACGCACAUGCUUUGAGGGCUUUGCCUCUGUCGGUAGACGGUCUCUCACAGGCUAUUUAUAACUACAACAAUAGCAUUAACGGGACCUUUCGGUUAGAUCACAAUCAGAGAGCCCGAGGUCGCGAUUCGAGCCCUGCAAGGUACAAAAACCCAAAUAUGGCACUGGAUAACGAACAUAUACAAGAUAUUAUAGCGCAUGCUUCUAAGGUGUUGGAGAGGGUAGCCACGUCCGAUAAGCCCACUUCUGCGCUAGUGUACAGUAACAGAUUCAAAUGUUUGCCCCCGAAAGCCGAGGGCAAACGGUCUGUGGGGGUACUGAGUGCCAGUUUCAAUCCGAUGACGCUCGCACAUGUCACCAUGGCAACGAUGGCACGUGACACUCACGAUUUGGACGCUGUGACCCUCUUAUUGACGGUCAAGAACGUUGACAAGUCUGUGUUCGGGGCUUCUCUUCCGCAACGGUUGGCUAUGUUACAAGCUUUCCUGGAGUCGUCCGAGACCGCGCACUGGGGCCAGACAGACAUCGUGGUGUGCAGUCACCCUCGGUUUGUGGAGGCGGCCCAGGCACUGGGUGACAUAUACCCGACUGAUGUAUGGCGACCAACGUUUCUGUUGGGAUACGAUACGCUGACGCGCUUCUUUGAUCCGAAGUACUAUACGGAUAUCGGCAAGAGUCUCGAGACGUUCUUCGGGCUCGCGGAGGUUAUUGUAUACAAUAGGGAUGACGUUACCGUCAACGAUGUGGACGAGUUCAUCCACACUCAAAGUCACGGAUACGAUGCGCAGAUUGACAUACUGGACAUCAAGGAUCAGAAUCUGCAGUGCGCGAGUUCGUCCGAAGUGCGCGAAUGCGUAAAGUCCGAAACCCAGUCUCAGGCUCAGUCACAGACACCGCAGAGUGCAGACUAUGCCUUGCCACGUGCUACGACAGCACGUCUGUGCGUGCCCACUGCUGUGAAGGAGUUUAUCACUCAGUUUAAAGUGUAUUACGCCACCCGCUAGAACGUAGUGCUGGUGGUUGGGGGGCGGGGGAAACAAAUAUAGAAGAUGGGAACUGCAUGAACUGGACUAUGCGGGAAGGGGGGAGGAGGGAGGAAAUAUAGGAGAUUUGAAGUGAUGCAUGGACUUUACUGUGCGAAAAGGAAGGGUAAGGGACAAAUAUAGAUGUGAACUGCAUGGACUGUUAUGCGGGACAGUGGAGGAGGAUGGGUUAGUAAACCUUGAGUGUGCGUGGGAUGAUGGCAUGCUACAAGUCAUUAUAGAUCAUGGUGGUUGAGGUGUUUGCUGAGAGUCAUUAUGCCAGAUCUGUGUAUGUCGACGUAUAUCUCUAGUAUUGACAUGGAGGCGGUGAUUAGCACUAUAUAAAGUGUAUAGCAUUUUUGUAGUUUUUGAGGUACAUACUCUUGCUGGUAGGCUGGAUUAGGUACUAGUGUAGCGUUUACCUCAGUACCGGCAUCAGGGGUAUCGAUCUCAUUUGGGUCUCUUGGAUCUGAUACUCUUCGAUAUGCUUCAGUGGAUGCCGCCAACGAUUUUGGAAAGCUCAGGGAGGCAUAAGGCUAAGCAGCUAUUCUGGAUUGGAUCUCGGGAUCCGGUUUGUACGAGAGGAUUUUUUUGAGUUCCGUUGUAUGGGAAGAAAUCCAUAGUGCGAAAGAUCAGCUACUGUUUGUAAAAUGUGGCUGAGCCUCAUGUUUUGUAAUUUCAUGCUUUACAGCGAAGAGCAAAUAAAAUGGUAUUUAGUACUAAAUAACCCAUACUGUCAUAAACUGAGUGGAGAACCUCAUUCAGUCACUAUAUAGUACAUAUGUAC